AUGAGUAGAUAUGGACGAUCACCCCCAAGAAUAGAUGGGAUGGUAUCUCUGAAAGUAGAUAAUUUGGCGUACCGGACAACCAUUGAUGACCUGCGAAGAGUUUUCAGCCGUUUCGGUGAGGUUGGCGAUAUUUACAUCCCUAGAGAUCCAUACACUUUCGAGAGCAGAGGAUUCGCCUUCGUGAGGUAUUGCUCAGAUAGGGAGGCAGAUUGUGCAAUACGCGGCAUGGAUGGACACAAGGUAGACGGCCGGGAAAUUCGCGUCCAGAGAGCUAAAUACGGCCGGCCAACUCCUAAUCGCAGAAGACGAUCGGUUACUCCGCGACGAAAUGGACGGCGUUCUCGUUCUUUUUCGUCAGGUCGUGAGAGACGGUCCCCACGUAGGAUGAAUGAUCGAUACCGUCUUCCCUCCUCUCCUCGACGUUAUAGUCGGUCCCUGUCAAGAGAACGUCGUUAA